AUGCUUCAUUACACACGGCUGGGUCGCAACAUGGGCCUUGGUGAUGCCUAUGUGAAGAAAAUCUUCGACUCCGUUGCGUCCAAGUACGAUAUGAUGAACGAUGUCCUCUCUUUAGGCAUUCACCGCGUCUGGAAGAAGCACUUAGUCGAGGAUUGUGUUUGCCCGUUGCCUGGCGGCAAGUUCCUGGAUGUUGCGGGUGGAACAGGCGAUAUUGCCUUCAGGAUCACUGACAGUAUCCGUGCCCGUGAGCAGUCGUUUGACAUGGUGCCGAAGACUCUCGAUGACACGAAAGUUGUUGUGUGUGAUAUAAACGCUAUGAUGCUCAAGGAAGGUCAGAAGCGUGCGGAGCGCGAGGGCUACAUGGACAUUGACUGGGUCUGCGCAAGUGGCGAGGAGCUUCCGUUCGAGGAUGGCGUUUUUGACAGCUACACAGUGUCCUUUGGCAUCCGCAACUUCAGCGAUCGACCAAAGGCGCUGCGCGAGGCGUUUCGUGUCCUCAAGGUAGGUGGUGCGCUGCACGUACUGGAGUUCAGCAAGGUGACCUGUCCGCUUUUGAGCGUGCCUUACGACCUGUGGUCUUACGGCUUUAUGCCGCAGGCGGGGCGCAUGCUGGCAGAUGAAGAGAGCUACCGCUAUUUAGUGGAUAGCAUACGCGCUUUUCCGGACCAGGAGACGUUUGCGCAGAUGAUCCGCGAUGCUGGCUUUGGGUACGUGCGCUAUGAGAACUUGACGGGUGGCAUUGCGUGCAUUCAUACCGGUGUGAAGACUACUCCCACACCAAUAACCCCAAAGACCGCCUCUGACAUUCUCACUCAGAAUGCUUCAGAGGCGACAUCUGAGGUAAAACCAGAGCCGAAUUCUGCGUAG